GUUCAUCAAGUAUAAAAAAAGAAGAGGCUUUUGAUACGAGCUCUCCUUUUUCAAUGAUCUUUGAGGGCAGUGCUGAGGAAGAAGACUCUGAAUUCUUAAGGAUCCAGGAGGGUUCAAAAACCUUGACAACUUCAGAUCACCAAUCCAUGAUCACUGGGGACAUUAAGACAAUGCAGAAGCCUUCAGAAGUCCUCCUGACUUCAGAUCCGCAAUCCACUGUCAGAGGGGAUUCUGUGACAAAACCAAUUAAUAAUACUUCACAGUGUAUCUGUCCAGCAAUACCUGGUCCUCCUGGUCCAAAGGGAGAAAAGGGUGAUCAGGGUCUUCCAGGACAAAAAGGACUACCUGGAGAAGCUGGACAAAUUGGCAAACCUGGCCAUCCUGGCCUUCCAGGGUUUCCAGGGCCUCCCGGACCACCAGGAUCACCAGGUCUACCAGGCUCAACUCUUCCUAAAACAGCAGACUUCACUGAUGCCAAGAAUGGAGAAGAAAAGAGAGUCAGUCUUGUAGAAGGGCCUCCUGGCCCACCAGGGUUACCUGGUCUUCCAGGUCAUCCCGGACCCCAAGGAUACCCAGGACCUGAAGGCCCCCAAGGUCCCCCUGGCCUCCCAGGACACGAAAGCCAGCAGGGGGCUCCAGGGCUUCCUGGGGCUCCAGGCCAGCCUGGUCCUCCAGGAGCCACAGGACCUCCAGGGAUUCCAGGCCCAGUGGGGCCAGAGGGUCCUCCAGGAGUCACAGGCCCUGAAGGUCAUCCAGGGCUUCCAGGCCAGGUUGGGCCAGCAGGAUUACCAGGCUUCCCUGGACCAGAAGGUUCUCCAGGAGCAGAUGGGCCUCCCGGAAAGAAUGGAUUAAAGGGUGAGAAAGGAGACCCCGGUGAACAGGGGCUGCCAGGCAAACCAGGACAGAUUGGAGAAAAGGGAUCUCGGGGUCUACCUGGCCCUAUAGGGCCCCCUGGAGCACCUGGCAAUCAUCAGUGUAACUCUGAACCAAGCCUUCAAGGGGUUCCUGGUCCUAAGGGUGAAAAGGGAGACCCAGGAAAACUGGAUUGCCACAGCUGCUGCAAGGAAGCAAGCAGUGACCCACCUGAUUCUUGGGUGCCUUUUCUCUACCAAGAGAAUGUCAAAGGAGACACAGAAAUAUAUGGUGCAGUUGUCAACCAUGGUCCUCCGGGCCCCCCAGGAAAUCCUGGUCCUCCAGGCCCUCCUGGGCCACCUGGUGUCCUUUAUAUCAAUAGAGUGUACCCAGUCCGACCCAGGCCACAUUGCAAGCAGCCGGUGAACCAGGAUCCAUGUUUGGAUUCAGAUACAGAGCUGCCCCUGAAGGAUUCUUCCUACAGAAGCCAGAACGGAUAUAAGCACUCUACCUGGAUCUUCAGUUCAAAAGAGAUGAUGUUGAAAUCCACUUCCUCCAUUCCUGAAGGCAGUUUGGUCUACAUCACUGAAGGGGCUGAAGCUUUCUUCAAGACCCCUAAAGGAUGGAGCAAACUUCUGAUGGAGGAUUCUGAGUCUCUCUUUGCAGCUGAUGACCCUUUGGGGCCUAUGGAAAAGAAUCAGGUCCAACUUGAUGAAAGCCACGUAACAAUUCCGAUUACACCAACUAUCAUCUCCCAGAGGGUUCCUGCACUCCACCUAGUGGCACUAAAUGUCCCUCUGACCGGUGACAUGAAAGGGAUUAGUGGUGUGGACCUACAGUGCUAUCGGCAGGCACAAGAGGCGAAGCUGAAUGGAACUUUCCGGGCGUUCCUGUCCUCAGAUACUCAAAGCCUUAUCUCAGUUGUGAAGAAAACAGACAGGAAUCUGCCAGUUGUUAACCUUAAGGGUCAGCUCUUGGCAAAGAGCUGGAAUUCUCUCUUCACUAAGCACGGAACUUCUAAUUUCAACUCCAUGAAGUUCCCCAUCUAUGCGUUCAAUGGGCUGAAUGUCAUGACCGACCCUACAUGGACCAAUAAAGCUGUCUGGCAUGGCAUGAAGCUUCAGAGAAGGCAGUCCAAACCUCAAGACUGUCAAGGCUGGAGGAAAGCAUCCAGCCAGUUAAGAGGACAUGCCUCUCUUCCACUUAAGGACACAUUCCUCAUGGAGGACACCUGGAGUUGCUCAGAUUCCCUGAUAGUUUUGUGUGUGGAAAACGCUCUUUGAUAUUUGCACCUAAGAGGAACAUAGAAUUAGACUGGCAGGGAGCACCAGAAGGCACUAGUUACUGUCCAGGCUGGAAUGCGUUGAAUGAAAGAGGCCCACGCAUUAAGGCAUCAGGGUGCAAAGCACAUGUUGAGGAAAGAAGUGGGUAAAGAACCGAAGUACCACAAGUUGCCAUGAGUGUUUAGUCUGCAUGGACAGCAUCAGCCAGACUGCUUGCUCUUGGGUCUCAGUGCAUAGAUAGAGCCCCUUUUAAAAUAUGGCAUUUGCAUAUACAAAUAUACACAUCUAUUCACGGACAUUUCUUGACCAAAAAGUGGCAGAAGUCUGCAUUAGUCACAGUCAUGUUUAGGAAAUACUAAGUGCCCUUGUUUCUAUAAAAUUCCUGAAAAGGGAAUUCUGUAGAAUCUGACAAAGUCUACAUGUGGAUUACUAGCUCAUGUACACUCUUUAACAUCAUAGAGCUGUUACUUCAACAGCUAAUGGGAUGAAUAGUGUAAAUCCCUUCCCUAAAAACAUAAUAUGUACCUAAAGCAGUGUUUCUUGACCUCAGCAACUUUAAGAUGUGUGGACUUCAACUCCCAAAAUUCCCC